AUGUGUGGUGCAGAUAUCUUUUUAGCUGUUUUGGCAGUUUUUUUCCCGCCCAUUGCUGUAUGGAUCAAGGUCGGCUUAUGUACCGCGGACUCGAUCAUCAACAUCGCCUUGUGCUGUCUCGGAUACAUACCUGGACUCCUACAUGCCUGGUACAUCAUUCUGAAAUACCCAGAUUCCGAAGACUACCCAGAAGGCUACCAGCGAGUCGACGAGUCUGGUAGAGACGUCGAAAAUGGCCGUCGCGUGACCUACUACUACGUGAGCCACCAGGCUCCUGUUCCGCCGCAGUCAGAUAGAAGAUAUGGUGCGACCGACAACACUUCGGCGCCGCAGGUUCCAUCACAAACGAGACCAGGAAAUAGCAGUGCUGCGCUGGAUGGGCCCUCCAGUAGCGCUCAUCCUCCGACCUAUGCCGAGGCUGUCAAAGGCGACCACAAAGUGCAGACUCAAGAUUAA